GGCGUUGUGCCCGUAAGUCUCUAACGCCGUCUUCAGUGACUCAAGAGCAUGAGCACCAUCCUCAGGCAGACUGGCUACAGAUUAACAUCCACGUUUUGCUCCACAUCAUCCCAUCCUCCGAGGGGGAAGGAAAUGGCUGCAAUGGAGCUGGCUCAGGGGCCGGUGACUUUCGAGGAGGUGGCUGUGUAUUUUACCAAGGAGGAAUGGGCUCUGCUGGACCCUGUUCAGAGAUCCCUCUACAGGGAUGUCAUGCAGGAGAACUAUGAGACGGUGGUCUUGCUGGGAGAUGCAUCUGAAGAAGUGAAGUUUUUUACCCAUGAAAGCUGAUGCCCAAAUAAAUCUGUUAGUCUUUAAGGUGU